CCCUCGUUCUGCCCAUAGGAUUCUUUUCCCUUAGCUCAUCAGUCUCCAACCACAACGGUGACAUAGCUGCCGUUGCAACCUCCGAAGGAUUUGCCUUCAGAGCGCCAAGCUCUCUCCAUCACCCAAGGUAUCAUAACAUUCAUCAAUUCUCUGCUCAUAAACUUCGCCUUCUCUUCGUGCGUUUUUGCUGCUGAUCCGUCUGCGUCAGCCCCCUCAAUUGUUUUUUAGCCAAAGCAAAAAGCCACCAUGAGUAUCCACUUCACUUCUGAUGAGGCUUUUCCUUCCUCUGCCGACUAUAAUCUCUGGAUCAGCAACGCUGCCGAUGUUGUCAUGCAAGAUGAAGAGCUCUCCGCCAGCUCAUACGAAGAAGCCACCAAGGUGCUUGAGCAAUGGCAAACCGAAGACGAGGAAAUGAGAAUCAUGGAAUUGGAUAUGGAGCUUGGAUCCAACUUGCUGGAAGGUUUCGCCCUUUUCGAUUCCAAUGGUACCAGCAAUGAAGAAGCUCCCAUGGAAGAACUACUCUUCCAGGAAGAGAUUGUCCUCCCGACGGAGGAAUCGAUGUCAUCAUCAUCGUCGUCAUCGUCAACAUCAUCAUCAUCGAUCGAGUCCAGCAAAGAUUUCAAGAUGAGCCUUCGAAAGUUGUCAGAAUCUAUGAAGCGAAGCCAUGAGACUCGCAAGAGCUUGGUGAUGACAUCUCCCAAGACAGAAAGAUAUGCUCGGUCGAACAGUGUUACUGGGGUCAUCUCCUCGAUUGAAAAAUCAUCGGAGCAAAUCCAGGCGUACUUGAUGUGCCUGCAAUAAACAGGGAAUGGUGGCGAAUGGAAACUGUUGCGUUUCGCAUGUUCAAGCUCCAGCUCCAGCCCAAGCACUAGUAGGUUAUCUCUCUGGUCUCUGGGUGGACGUUCCCUUGGACGCAUUUCCCUGCUUUCUUCCUCUUUCAAUCUUUCUCGCUCCAAACUGCGGCUCUCUCUACUUAUCAUUUUCGUGUAAUUCUAAUCUAAAACAAUCCUAAGAUCUACGACAGUCCAUCA